CCUGGGCGCAGGAAGUGUACAAGCCAGCUAGCUAACGACAAGUAGCCGCCGAUGCUAACAUGUUGUGACAAUAAAUCCGACUUGACCUGCCAAACAUUGACUUUACUGCCCCGCGGCCCACUGGAGGACGAAGACAAAAUACUGUUUUGUGUCAAACAGCAAGAGAGCGAGUGGCAUGCUGGACGUCGGGAAGUGGCCAGUGUUUGCCCUCCUCCCGCCCCAGGAACUCGGCCUCAUCCGGCAGGCUUGUGUUUUAGGAAGCGGCGCCAACGAAGCCCUCUACGUCACCGUUAACGAUGAGGUUUUCGGCGUGGGCACCAACAUGAGCAGCUGUCUAGGCCUGGGGGACCUGCAGAGCACCAUCGAGCCGCGCAGGAUUGAUGUCCUGUGUGGGAAGAAGAUCGUGUCCCUAAGCUAUGGAACUGGGCCACAUGUGGUUGUCGCCACCUCAGAUGGAGAAGUGUACGCAUGGGGCCACAAUGGCUAUAGUCAGCUGGGCAACGGGACCACCAUCCACGGGCUGAUCCCCGCCCUCGUCUCCACCAACCUCCAGAACAAGAAGGUGACGGAAGUGUCCUGUGGCUCCCACCACACCAUCGCCCUGACGACGGAAGGAGAGGUCUACGCGUGGGGCUACAACAACUCAGGCCAGGUGGGAUCCGGGUCCACCGCCAACCAGCCGACGCCCCGUCGGGUCAGCUUCUGCCUGCAGAACAAAGUGGUGGUCAACAUAGCCUGUGGUCAGCUGUGCUCUAUGGCUGUGCUGGACAGCGGCGAGAUCUACGGAUGGGGCUACAACUGCAACGGCCAGUUAGGUUUGGGCAACACUGGGAACCAGCAGACUCCCUGCAGGAUCGCAGCACUCCAGAGUGUCAGCAUCAUCCAGGUCACCUGCGGAUACGCUCACACGCUGGCGCUCACCGACGAGGGCUUUGUUUACGCCUGGGGAGCCAACUCUUACGGGCAAUUGGGGACGGGCAACAAGAGCAACGUGUCUCUUCCCACCAUGAUAAGCACCGACAAAGAGCGGAUCGUGGAAGUGGCGGCGUGUCACACCAGCCACACAUCCGCCGCCAAGACGCAGAGCGGGCAAGUUCUGAUGUGGGGUCAGUGUCGAGGGCAGUCCGUCACCAACCCGCACCUCACACACUUCAGCUGCACAGACGACGUCUUCGCUUGCUUCGCCACGCCGGCCGUCACGUGGCGCCUCCUCACCGUCGAUAGCGACGAUCACCUGACAGUGGCCCAGUCUCUGAAGAAAGAGUUUGACAGCCCGGAAAUCUCCGACCUGAAAUUCUUAGUGGAUGGAAAGUGUAUCCACGUUCACAAAGCCCUGCUUAAAAUAAGAUGUGAACACUUUCGUGUGCUGCUGAAUGAAACCGACGAGGACACCAUCGAGAUCCACCAGUUCCCCUUCCUGGUGUACCGGGCCUUUCUGGAGUACCUCUACACCGACGCCAUCAACCUGCCACCAGAAGACGCCAUUGGCCUGCUGGACCUGGCCACCUUCUACGGGGAGAGCAGGCUGAAGAGGCUGUGCCAGGAGACCAUCAAGAGGGGCAUCUCGGAGGACAACGCUAUCACUCUUCUCUCUGCCGCCGUCAAGUACGAGGCCCGGGACCUGGAGGACUUCUGCUUCAAGUUUUGCGUCAACCACCUGACUUCGGUCACACAGACCGUGGCCUUCGGAGAAAUGGACCACGACCUGCUGAAGAACUUUAUCAGUAAAGCCAGCCGCCACGGGGCCUUCAGGAACUGACCGCUUGGAAGUCAAACUGAGACCGAAGUAAACCAGAAAGGUGGAAGAUGAGCAGUCUGUCAGCCACGCUCCCACCAGGCCAUACCUUUAAACUGAACAGCAGGACGGUUAGCUUUGAGCAGCAACUUGUUUGUACUUGACUGGUCAGUACAACCUUUGUGGACCAAGGCAAGUUGGCUGGAAGAAAACAUUCCAACAGCGUGGUACUGUACUGCAUGUCUACUUCCAUAGGGGACCUGGGAGGAUUUCUAAACACCAGGGGGUCCAAAGUGUGGCCCCUUUUUUUAACAGCACAUUCUAAAAAUACUUCUACAAAAAAACAACAAAAAACAGGAAAUAAAAAAGCAAAGAACAGGGCUGUCCAAACUUGUUGCACUGAGGGCCACACACUGACAAAUAAAACUAUGCUGGGGCCAUUUUUAUGUUUUUCAUUUUCAAAACUAUGUCUGUGUGUAUGUUAGCACUUUGAGAUUUGCUAUUCAAAUAUUAAGUGCAAUACAAAUAAAAUCUAUUAUUAUGUACAGUAUUUAUGUAUGUAUAUGUG